AACCCUUGUUCCGUUGAAAGAUGAAGGUUCUGCUCUGAGCGGUUCUGCCUACGGUACCGUAUCUGUGCAGCUGCCGCUGUUACACCUACGCAGCACAGAGACUGGACCGGAACCAGCGACCAGAACCGAGUCCUAAACGGAUCUCUUUAUCGUCGUGCUUUUACUUUGAAAGGAACACCCGGAUGCUUCCGCAGCGCAACAUCCAGCUGGAUGCGGGGAGAGCGGACGGGAUGGAACUGUGAUCGGAACCGCGCGGCGCUUCGGAACCAUCUUCAGUGACGUCAGCAUGGCUGUGAAGGCUGUGGUUCUGUAUAACUUCAUAGCGGAACCCGGAAACAACGAGCUGUCGGUCCGAGAGGGAGAGACGGUGACCAUCGUGGACCAGACUGUGGGCGGAGGCUGGAUCGCUGCUCAGAACGCCGGCGGCCAGACCGGUCUGGUACCAGAGGGGUAUCUACAGAUUGCUGGCGGAGGAGGCGGAGACUCCUGGUCGGGGGGCGGGGCUUACCAGCAGUCUCCAGCAGGGGGCGACGACGACGACGGCGAAUGGGACGACGACUGGGACGACCAGUCGGUUAGCAGUUACCAUGGAAACGGCCACAUGGAGGAGGAAGCGGGGGCUUCAGGGCGGAGCACACACGGACACGCCGUCAAGAUCUCCCUCAACAAGUUCCCGUUCUCCAAAGGGCCGAGCCCAGAAGUCUUCCUAUUGGCCAGCCCUCCUGUCACCAGCAGAGAAACGCUUCCUGUUUAUAUGGGGGAAGUGGGUCCGGUGUGGCUCUACCCGGCGACGCCUCUGGAUUGCGUCAUCGCCGACCCGAAGAAAGAGUCCAAACUGUACGGCCUGAAGAGCUUCAUAGAGUACCAGAUCACCCCCAACACCACCAGCAGAACUGUGAAUCAUCGCUAAGCAUUUUGAUUGCUGUACGAGCGUCUCCUGGAGAAGUUUGGAUCCUUGCUGCCAAUCCCCUCCCUUCCUGACAAACAGGUGACAGGUCGGUUUGAUGAAGAUUUCAUCAGGAUCAGGAUGGAGCGCCUGCAGGCCUGGAUGACCAGGAUGUGUCGCCACCCGGUGGUCUCCCAGAGCGACGUCUUCCAGCUCUUCCUCACCUACAAGGACGAGCGGGACUGGAAGUCUGGCAAGAGGAGGGCGGAGAAAGACGAGACGGUGGGUCCGAUGAUGUUCAGCCUGGUUCAGCCUGAAGCUGCAGAGCUCGACGUGGCCCAGGUGGAACAGAAGUGUGAGCUCUACAGUCGGUUCACCAAGUCCAUGGACGAUGGAGUCAGAGAGCUGCUGACCGUCGGACAGACACACUGGAAACGCUGCACUGGACCUCUGCCUAAAGAGUACGAGCGGAUUGGCCGGGCCUUCGGGAUCCUGUCCAACGUUUUCAACACCAGCAAGUAUCCAGGAGAGGAAACGCUGACGAACGCUUUGACAGCAGCUGGGAAAACGUAUGAGGAGAUUGCUCAGAUCGUCGCCCAGCAGCCUCAGAAGGAUCUGCACUUUCUGUUGGAGACCAACAGUGAAUAUAAAGGUCUGCUGGGAUGCUUCCCUGAGGUCAUCGCCGUUCACAAGGCUGCAGUGGACAAGGUGAAGGAGGCGGAGCGUCUGGUCUCCACAGGAAGGAUCAGCAGCAGCGACAGGAAGCUGAUGACCCAGCGCGUCAGCAGCAUGAGCUACGCCCUGCAGGCUGAGAUGAACCAUUUCCAUAGCAACAGGAUCUAUGAUUACAACCGCGUGCUGCAGUUCUACCUGGAGCAGCAGGUGGCCUUCUACCAACAGAUAGCAGACAAGCUGAGGGAAGCACUGAGUCACUUCACCACCCUGUGAGGACGCCCGGUGAUGUCAUCGCCCAUUACUGUCUUAACCAAUUAAAAGCCUUUAAACCGUUAUAACAAAAUAAAAGCCUUUAUGCUGUUACUGAAGGGUG